UUAGCUCCUUAUUAGGCUGCAUGAUUUGCAGCCCCAAUAGAAAAAGAGAUGGAGAAAGAGCUUUAGAAUAAAGCUGCUUUCCAUAACCCUCCUGCUCCAUAUAAAUCUGUACUGUCUUUACACCCGAGGAAUCUGGGAGGACGGCACUGUAGAAUCUUGAAGAUCUGGGGUCUCUUAAGUAAUACACAGCACUGCUAACCUAGCAGAUCUGUUCUUAAUCCAGCAGGCUAGUGAGUCUCUCCCACAGACAGGGGAACAUCUGCAGGACCUGUCUGUCUGGAAAAUUCACCUUUGUUCAGUGGUUUAAGAGGAGUUCUCAUCUUAUUGCUCAGGGAACUUUCUCCUCUGGUGGCUGCUGUGGAAUUUGGAGCACUGCAAGGAUCUCUUGCUGCAGGAAGGCUUUGUUCUUUCCCGGUCUCCCACCCAUCCGUGGAAAUGAGCUGUGCUGAGUCUCAUAAGGUGGCUACUCUUUCCUCAAUUUCUCUGAAGAACACCAGUCCCCCUCAAUCACAUGUUGUCUACAAGAAGAUGUCCCGUGAUAAGGCUGUGACUAUCUAUCUGGGAAAACGAGACUUCAUUGACCACAUAGAUGGGGUGGAACCUGUAGAUGGUGUCUUGUUAGUGGAUCCCGAGAUCGUCAAGGGAAAGAAGGUGUAUGUGACUCUGACUUGUGCUUUCCGGUAUGGCCAAGAAGACAUUGAUGUGAUGGGCCUGACCUUCCGAAAGGAUCUUUUUUUCUCUAGGAUACAGUUGUACCCACCAGUGGAAAAACGGGAAUCUCUCUCCCAAUUGCAGGAAUGUCUGAUGAAGAAGCUGGGGAACAAUGCUUACCCCUUUGUUUUAACAUUUCCAGACUAUCUGCCCUGUUCAGUCUCCCUGCAACCAGCCCCUCAUGAUGUUGGGAAGUGCUGCGGGGUGGACUUUGAGGUGAAAGCUUUCUGUACAGAGAACGUGGAAGAGCGAAUUCCCAAAAGGAACUUUGUGCGCCUGUUGAUCCGUAAAGUACAGUAUGCCCCAGAAGAACCAGGACCCCAGCCUCAAGCUGAAACCACCUGGCAGUUUUUCAUGUCCAGCAAGCCACUGCACCUGAGAGCACGUCUGAGUAAAGAGGUGUUUUACCAUGGCGAGCCCAUUCCUGUCACUGUCACCGUGACCAACAAUACAGAGAAAACAGUGAAGAAGAUCAGAGUGCUGGUGGAGCAAGUUGCCAAUGUGGUUUUGUACUCGAGUGACUAUUACACGAAGGCGGUAGCAAUGGAGGAGGUGCAUGAGAAAGUGCAGCCAAAUAAUACCAUCACCAAGACAUUGAUACUUCUGCCCUUGCUGGCAAAUAACCGUGAGAAACGGGGCAUAGCACUCGAUGGAAAGUUAAAGGAUGAAGACACCAACUUGGCUUCCAGUACCAUUAUUAAGGAUGGGAUAGACAAGACAGUGCUGGGGAUUCUGGUUGCCUACAAGGUGAAGGUGAAACUCAUUGUCUCAGGCAUGCUGGGAGAUCUCACCUCCAGUGAAGUCAGCACAGAGCUGCCAUUCCGUCUCAUGCACCCCAAGCCUGAGGAACCGAACAUAAGAGGUUACGUGUUGCAGUGAAGAUGAGCCCUAAGUGUAACAAACGGUGAGCACAUCUGUAUGUAUACAAUCUGAUUUGUUGCAAAAUAGCACUCUAGAUGGACUUGAACUCCUGUGGACUCAGAUACUUGGGAUUAGUUUAUCUGACUGGGAGAGUGUAAUACUUCAUCCUACUGUGCAUGAGCUUUGGGCCUGAUCCCAGCAAAGAUACUUCUUUCUUGAUACCUAAUUGUUACUCCUGUAAUUCAAAUAGAAUGGGAAUUGAAGAUUACAGGUUUGAUUGAUGAAGACAGCUGUGGUGUUUGUUUGGAGCUACAGUUCAUUACAUAGGCAUGUGUGCACACGUGCCCUCAUGUUCAAACAUUCAGCAACCUAACAAUGGAAGUAGGCCUGGUGCCUCUAUGGGAAAACGCUAAUGCCAGAGCCAUGGGGUCUUCCUCUUACUUCAAUCCAGUCUCAGCCAGAGUAUAGAUCUGUUUUUUCUUGGCCUUAAAAAAGAUACAUUGGAAAUUCAGGAUUGCAAAACAUCCCUCUAAAACACUCCUCCACCACAUCCUCUUACCAAAGAAGCAGCCCAUAUAUCAUUUGCUAAAUCACAGUCCUCUCUAACAGUUCAUUUUUAGGUUAUCAUACAGAUGAAAAUAGUAGAUUUUCUAUAACUUAAUAACAGGACAGACUCGCCAGUAAUUGUGUGGGGAACCCUAAAAGCAGUUAAUUGGGGAAAGAAAUGCCUUCACUUCAAAAAGGAAAACACAAUGAACAAAAUAAAGUCCCUUUGAAACCUGCAUAGCAGAUUUAGAAAUACAACAUGAGUGUGUUUUAGGGUCCCAGAAUAGAGAAUAAAACCUACCAAAUUAAGAUGGUAAACUGAAAAUCUGUCCAGAUCCUGCAGUUUCUGGCUUCCUGUAUUAUCUCUAGUCACUGUUCCUGUUAGUGAUUUCAUGCUUUUGAUAGUGAUUCCACCAGUUUUUCAGUGAACUCUGAGAAAAAAGUUGUGCUUCGUUAGUUCCAAAUUAGAUGUUAUUUCAUUAAGUGGAUCAAAAGUUAAUUGCAGAGACUGAGCUGCAGCAAACAGUGUUUAGGGAAUCUAGAAGCACCAGGAGAUAGACUAAUUCUUUUAGCUGAUUGUGCAACCUCUAAGAGGGAUAGAUAAAUGCAUUUAUGUGUGGGGACUUUGAGAUCAGUUGUCAUCCUCAUCUUUUCUGUUCCCUUCAUUAUUGCUGAUGAGCUAAAAGUUACCAAUUGUCUGUUAUGCCUCCCUACUUACUUUGUUG